AUGAAAUCAGAGUUGAGAAAAUCCCAAUUUCAUCUCCUAAUUCUGCUAUUUGCUGUGAUCUUUUUAUCCAUUACUGUCUGUUCAAGCGGUCUAAAUCCACUACCUUCCCAACAAGACGACGAAGAUAAAUGCCCUAGAACUCCAUUUCCUACCGAUUCUUGCCCCAUCAAUUGCUUCCGACCCGACCCGGUUUGCGGUGUCGAUGGAGUUACCUACUGGUGUGGUUGUCCCGAUGCUCACUGUGCUGGUGUACGUGUUGCCAAGUUAGGGCCUUGUAGUGUGGGAAAUGGAGGGUCCGCUGCCGUUCCGGGCCAGGCUCUUCUAUUGCUUCAUAUUGUUUGGUUGAUAUUUCUUGGUGUUUCUUUACUCUUUGGGCUUCUUUAG